GGCCCGCGCCCCAGCCCCGGGGCCGGACGCCCCCCCAGGCCGCGCACACUCACCUAGGACCCGGCCGGGAUGCCGAGCUCUGUCGAAGAUGCACUGGACACCGGAACACGCCCAGCCCCUCAACCAGUGGCCAGAGCAGCACCUGGACGUCUCCUCCACCACCCCGUCGCCGGCCCACAAGUUGGAGUUGCCCCCCGGGGGUCGCCAGCGCUGCCACUAUGCUUGGGCACACGACGACAUCUCUGCCCUCACUGCCUCCAACCUCCUCAAGCGCUACGCAGAGAAGUACUCGGGGGUCCUGGACUCGCCUUACGAGCGCCCCACCCUGGGCGGCUACGGCGACGCCGCCUUCCUCAACGGCGCCAAGGGGGACCCCGAGCCCUGGCCGGGGCCGGAGACCCCCUACCCCUUGGCCUCGCUCCACGAGGGCCUCCCGGGAACCAAGUCGGGCACUGGGGGCGGCUCCGGGGGCCUCGGGGGUUCCCCGGUUUUAGCCGGUAACCUGCCUGAACCCCUCUACGCCGGCAACGCGUGCGGGGGCCCGUCGGCGGCGCCCGAGUACGCGGCGGGCUACGGCGGGGGAUACCUGGCGCCCGGUUACUGUACGCAGACCGGCGCCGCGCUGCCCCCGCCGCCCCCGGCCGCGCUCCUGCAGCCCCCGCCCCCGCCGGGCUACGGCCCCUCUGGGCCUCUGUACAACUACCCAGCGGGGGGCUACGCCGCGCAGCCGGGCUAUGGGACCCUCCCACCGCCGCCCGCCCCGCCCCCGGCCCCCUACCUAACCUCGGGCUUGGCGGCGCCCACGCCCCUGCCCACGCCCGCCCCGUCCCGGCCACCGCCCUCUUCCUACGGCUUCCAGGGGGCCUCGGAGGCCGGGGUGUCGCUGAAGCGCAAGGCCGCCGACGAAGGCGCCGAGGGCCGCUACCGCAAGUACGCCUUCGAGCCCGCCAAGGCCCCGGCGGCCGACGGCGCCUCCUACCCCGCCGCGGACAACGGCGAGUGUCGGGGCAACGGGUUCCGGGCGAAGCCGCCGGGAGCGGCGGAGGAGGCAUCAGGCAAGUACGGUGGCGGCGUCCCCCUCAAGGUCCUGGGCUCCCCCGUCUACGGCCCGCAACUCGAGCCCUUUGAGAAGUUUCCGGAGCGAUCCCCGGCGCUGGCUCCCCGCGGGGGCUUCGCGGUGCCGUCGGGGGAGCCUCCCAAAGGUGUGGACCCGGGGGCCCUGGAGCUGGUGACCAGCAAGAUGGUGGACUGCGGGCCGCCGGUGCAGUGGGCGGACGUGGCGGGCCAGGGCGCGCUCAAGGCGGCGCUGGAGGAGGAGCUGGUGUGGCCCCUGCUGAGGCCGCCCGCCUACCCCGGCAGCCCGCGCCCGCCGCGGACCGUGCUGCUCUUUGGGCCGCGGGGCGCCGGUAAAGCGCUGCUGGGUCGCUGCCUCGCCACACAGCUGGGCGCAACGCUGCUGCGCCUGCGCGGAGCCACGCUUGCCGCGCCGGCCUCUGCUGAGGGCGCGCGCCUCCUCCAGGCCGCCUUCGCGGCUGCGCGCUGCCGCCCGCCCGCCGUGCUCCUCAUCAGCGAGGUGGACGCGCUGCUGUCGGCUCGGGAGGACGGCGCGACCGCCGCGGGCGCGCUGCAGGCGCCGCUCCUGGCCUGCCUGGACGGCGGCUGCGGCGCGGGAGCCGACGGCGUGCUGGUCGUGGGCACCACCUCGCGGCCCGCGGCCCUGGACGAGGCGACUCGCCGGCGCUUCGCUCUCCGCUUCUACGUGACGCUGCCCGACGGCCCGGCCCGCGGGCAGAUCCUGCAGCGGGCGCUGGCCCAGCAGGGCUGCGCGCUGAGCGAGCGGGAGCUGGCGGCCCUGGUGCAGGGCACCCAGGGCUUCUCCGGGGGCGAGUUGGGGCAGCUGUGCCAGCAGGCGGCGGCCGGGGCGGGCCUCCCGGGGCUGCAGCGCCCCCUCUCCUACAAGGACUUGGAGGCGGCGCUGCCCAAGGUGGGCCCUAGGGCCUCGCCCAAGGAGCUGGACUCGUUCGUGGAGUGGGACAAAAUGUACGGCUUCGGACACUGAAGGCGCUCCGUGAGGCCGCGGGAGCCGCCGCCCCCUCCCCGCCCCUCUGUUCGGGAGGGACGUCUU